UUCUGUUGGCGAUGGCCCUCUUCACGUUGGGUCAACUCAACGUUUUGCGUGGCACGAAAAAGAAGAAGAAAAACGUUUCAACUGUCGAUUCAAUGCACGUUUUUUGUGUUGAUUCUUAUUCCAAAGAGUCGCCAACCUUGUGUCAUAAGCUGCAACACCUAACAUGGGUCGCCAUUGAAACUCCCUCUCUCACCCUGAAAAGUUUCCACUUGUGUUCUUUGAUUCUCCCUCUCUCCGGAGCAAUGCUUGGGGCAUCUGUCAAUGAUGGAAUGCCUGUCACCGGAAAAAACAGAGCAAGGUUGCUCCUUGCCUCCUUGUUUUUGGUUUCGUCGUCUCUGUUUCCAUAUUCUCAUGCAGCAAAUUCGAUCUUGCGAGGGCAGUUUGUCGGAGGUGGCGAUACUUUGAUUUCUUCUUCUGGGAAUUUCGAACUGGGGUUCUUUAGUCCUGCAAAUUCGUCUCUUAGAUAUGUUGGUAUUUGGUACCACAAGAUAAGUGUUAAAACAGUCGUGUGGGUCGCAAACAGGGAGAGCCCUGUUUCUGAUGAAUCUGGAGUUUUGAUUGUUUCAAGUGAUGGAAAUUUGAUGGUUUUAGAUGGAAAUAAUCGCACAGUUUGGUCUAGUGGCAUUAAUUCUUCCUCUGUGCCCACCAACUCAACAGCUGUUUUGAUGGAUACAGGAAAUCUUGUUCUUUUGGCCAGUGCAGAUGCUGACUCUGCUAGUGCUGAUGGGGAUAUCAGCAACUCAUAUUGGCAAAGCUUUGAAAACCCGACAGACACAUACUUGCCUGGCAUGAGAGUGAGGGUGAAUUCUAGGGCUGGAGAGAACCGUGCCUUCUGGUCAUGGAGAUCAUCGAAUGACCCUUCCCCUGGGAACUUCUCUCUGGGCGUCGAUCCCCGGGGAUCGCCUCAGAUAGUGAUCUGGGGCCAGUCAGGCCGGCAAUGGAGGAGCGGGCAUUGGAAUGGGCUGAUUUUCACCGGAGUGCCGAACAUGACUGGCAGUUAUCGAUACGGAUUCAAGCUCUCAAGCACCGAGGCGGAUGGAAGCAUGUACUUCACGUACACGCCACUGAAUAGCUCCAAGCUUUUGAUGUUCCGUGUACUUUGGAAUGGGACAGAGGAGCAGUUAGGCUGGGAUGAGACUAGUAAUGAGUGGACUGUGCUGCAUGAACAGCCUGCUAAGGAAUGUGACCUCUAUAAUAAAUGUGGAGAUUUUGCAAUAUGUAAUGAAAUGGACUCUCCCAGAUGUAGUUGCAUGGUAGGGUUCAGUCCGAGUUCACCGGAACAAUGGAACAGGGGUAACUGGUCCGCGGGUUGUACUUGGAAAACCCAAUUACAGUGUCGGAACAACAGCAGCAUUUCAGCGGGAGAUGGUGGCCGGGUGGACAAGUUCUCGAAAUUGGAUGGCGUGAAGUUGCCGGAUUUCGCGGAUUAUGUUUCAGCCACUAGCGGGAAUGAGUGUCAGGCGAAGUGUCUGGGGAAUUGUUCAUGCAACGCCUAUGCUUUUGAUAGAAGCUUUGGGUGCAUGCUGUGGAGCGAGGAUUUGAUAGAUGUGCAGCACUUCGCCAAGGGUGGAACAACCCUCCAAAUUCGUCUCACCAAUUCUGAAUUAGGAACGAAGAGCAAAAUAUCAAACCUGUUCAUAAUAAUUACUGUCUUGGUUGGAGCAGUUGUUCUCGGUGUAGCAGUAUGGUUGUUGUGGAGGUUUAAGGACAAUUUGAAAGGAUUCUUGAUUUUCUAUCGGAAAAACAAGGAACUUCCCUUGUUUAAUGAUUUUGUUAAGAACGAAGAGCUAUCUGCUGAAUUAUCCGGAUCGGAUGGUCUUGCCAGACAUGCUAAGCAGCUAAUAGGAGGAGCUGAUAUACCAGUGUUCAACUUCAGUUCCAUUGAAGCUGCGACGAACUUCUUUUCUGAAGAAAACAAGUUAGGACUGGGAGGAUUUGGUCCCGUUUACAAGGGAAAGUUUUUUGGAGGACAAGAAAUAGCCGUUAAGAGGCUUUCGAGGAAGUCGAGCCAAGGGCUCGAGGAAUUUAAGAACGAGGUUAUGUUGAUUGCGAAAUUACAACACAGAAAUCUCGUGAGACUCCUCGGCUUCUGUGUCCAAGGGGAAGAUAAGAUGCUCGUUUACGAGUACAUGCCCAACAGGAGCUUGGAUUGUUUUAUUUUUGAUCCCGCGAAGCGAGCGCAACUGGACUGGACGAAACGUUUUGAGAUUAUUGAAGGCAUAGCACGAGGCCUCCUCUAUCUCCAUCGAGACUCUAGACUAAGGAUUAUACAUCGGGACCUGAAAGCCAGUAACAUUUUGUUGGACGAAGAAAUGAACCCGAAAAUAUCAGAUUUUGGCAUGGCCAGAAUUUUCGGUACGAACGAAAGCGAAGCAAGUACCAAUCGAGUGGUUGGCACAUAUGGUUACAUGUCUCCAGAGUACGCGAUGGAAGGUCUAUUUUCUGUCAAAUCCGACGUGUACAGCUUUGGGGUAUUAUUACUGGAGAUCAUUAGAGGCGAGAAAAAUUUCGGCUUUCGCACGUCGGAACAUUCUAAUCUUAUCGGCCAUGCUUGGCGUCAUUGGAAUGAAGGGAAGGCGAUGGAACUUAUCGAUCCUUGUAUCAGGGACGCGUGCUCUAGGGAUAAGGUGCUGCGAUGCAUACAGGUCGGGCUGUUGUGUGUGCAGGACUCUGCCGUGGAUAGGCCGGCCAUGCCUUCCGUUGUGCUCCUACUAGGAAGCGAAACAGUGGAUCUUCCCUUCCCGAAACUACCCAGGUCAACCUCAAUCACGGGCUCCGUUGAUGCUUAUUUGUUGUUUGGAAGCCAAGAAAUCGAGUCAUUGAAUGGUGUAACAGUUAGCUCCGUGGAUGGUAGAUAGGGCCAAUGUGAUUCAUUCAUGCUGUCUCCUCUUUGUUCCUGUGAUCUUUCCAACCCGAAAAGUGUUCUU